CACAAAGGUUAUGUGUUUUGGAAUGAACAACAGUAGUGAGUCUUUUUAGCUUAGUUUUUAUUUGUUUAUAUAUAUUUGUUAGAUAUGAUCACUGAAGAGAGCGAAGAAGAAAGAACUAGGUGGCUCUUAGUAGCAGAGAAGGUUGCUGAUGAUCUUGUGUUUGCAUAUGAGCAAGCUAAUAAGAGAAAGGAGGAUCAUGAAAUUUCAGAUAAUGCUAAACUGAGACUGGUUGCUAGGUUCGGAAAAAUAGUCUUUUAUGGGCGCAAAGCUGGUCCUGUGGUUGAUUAUUCCCUAAAGAACUCGAGAAGGAUAUUCUCUACAGAUGUUCCAACCUCUUUCAUACAAAACAUCAAGUCUAAGGCUAUACCAAGCCAUGAGUUCUGUAUAGACGGAGAAAAGCAAAAAUACAUUGUGAAGAUUAAUGGUCCCAAUGGAAUCAUCAACUGUAAAUGUACUGUGAAGGAAGAUGGAUGUCUCACUAUGUACAAGGCAAGUCUUUUAGAAAUAUUGUUAUGAGGACUUAUGAUACAUCUCAUCAUCUUAUAUAAAUCAUUUUUUCUUUUGCGCAGGCCGAGCUUCAUCCUGUAAGGCAUUUGACUAUUGAUGUGUCUUGCAUUGAUAAGAAUCUUGAUAUGAGGCUUAUGCUCGCUGGCAAAAGAAAAAUAAAGACUCUCACGGUUAGUUAAUUUUGAUAUAUGUAUAUGCCUCUCUUGUGCUUAGUUUAAGUACCAUUUAUAUGAUGGACAGGAGAAAGAGAUAAGUAACAUUCAAGGACUACUUGGUUCAGCAGUUGUUGAUCUGAAUGUGAAAGGCAGAUUAAGGUGGCCACUUGGUAAAACAUCAUCCGAAGGUGGUUACAAAAUAUUUGAAGUUUGUCACGCUAGAGUUACUAUCUACAAAAAGCAUACUCUUGGGCUUAAGGUUAGAGAGACUAAUAGAUUUAAUGAGAGGUAUGCAACAGCGGAAAUGGAGAAGGGGGUUACUCUUAUACUUAAAGAGAUGAACACUAAACUACAGGUAAAAUUAUUUUGCUUCUGCAUAAAAUAUAUUGGAGGCAAGGCUUAUAUUAAUUAUUAUACUUGUGGGUCUGCAGGAACAGAACAUUGAGAGGGUUUGUGUUUUGGAAAUGCUCCGAGAUGCUCUUGGAACUAUAUGGGACUUCUUGUGUUGCGAUGCCAAUCUUAUGCAAUAAAGAACCAUAUGUUUUUGCUGGUGCUACGUUGGGUUUCUCUUUUACAUUCUGGUGUGUUUUGGUACUUUAAAAUUCAUGAGUUUUUUUUGUUUGGUUAUGAAGAUUAAACUUGUGUUUUAUUCAAAGUAGAACACAACACAUUAGCUGUGAUGUUUUACAUAAUCUGUGUUUUGUAUGCAUGUCAAUCUGUCUAGGUUGGCUUGUCCCACUCUGAAGCUCACAUGUAUUAUAGUCUGGUCCAGCCUGGCAUUAUUUAUUUGGUAUACUAUGUUUGUUAGUUCGGUGUGUGAGGCUCACAUGCUUCUCAUGAUUUAGGUUUUAAACAUUCAUUGAUCAAUGUCAAUCUAGACUUUAAAUGGUUGCAUCAGAUGAGACGGUCUAAAACCAUUUGCGGUUAAAUAGUUUUGAUUUUGAGUAAGACAAAUAAACAAUGCAACUAUGAUGGACAUCAAAACCAAACAUAAUUUCUAUUAAAUCUUUGAAGAAACCAAUACAUACAUUUGAAGAUUUUUCUUCUGCUUAGAACAUAAAGUCUGAUCACUUCUAUCAAAUUCUAGCUACCAUCCACAAGACCAAAUACUCUCCUUAUACUGGCGAAUGGUGAGGAAAGUAUUUGCACAGGACGGUGCCACUUUUGUACAGUACAUGUAUCGAGACAGGUUAGUCUAAUACCUAUGCAAACAUUAUUAAAAAACUAUCUAUGGCAUUUGUGUUCUAACUACUGGCUUUUACAGGGGAGUGAGAAGGGUUAGUCACUGAAGAGUAAGAAGAUUUAUGGAGAAUAUUAAGAACACUUUAUCUUUUUUAGAAAAACUAUGGUUUGUGAUUUGCUAUUGUUGCUCUUGUUUUACAGUCAUUUUUAAAAGGACGUACAUUUCUACUUUUUUUUGUUGUUUGAGUGAUUCCUCGUUUUCUGUCGCUGUCAGUUUGAGUGAAUCAUGUUUAACAAAUGGAAAAAAAAAACAGACUCAGCAACGAACGAGAUAAAUAAGGCUUGUAACAAACAAACAAAAUGAGUCAAAUGAUUAACCACCAAAACUCAACUCACAUAUGUAAAGCUAAAGUUUUUUAUAUACGAUGAACAUGAAAUUGUUUAGAUAUACUCAGAAAGGGGAAACCUCUCAACCAAAUUCAACACCAAAUAUUAGAAUUUCGAAGAGAAUGAAUGAUGAAACUAUAUCAUAUAGCAUACAUCUGAGAGAAACUGGGUAUUUUUCUUGUGGCGAACACAUACAAAACGAACAUAUAAAGCUAAAGUUGAAGACACAUGGAAUGAUAAUUACAGCUGACAGUAAUAGAAAACAGAUCAGAAGAACUUUUCUUUAUGUUUUUCUUUUCUGUUGUUUGCGUGAUUCCUCGCUGUCGUUUUGAUUGAACCCUGUUUAACAAACGGAAUAAAAAGACUCAGAACCGAUCGAGAUAAAACACAUGGAAUGUUAUUAUGGGCAAUAAUAAUGAAAUUCAGAUUAAAGCAGUAUCACAUUCAGACAGCAACAGUAAUAAAAACAGAUCGAAAAAACUUAUCUUUCUGAUUUUUUUUUUCUGUAGUUUGCGUGAUUCAUGGUUUUCUGUCGUUUGCGUGAACCCUGUUUUACAAAAAGGAAAGAACAAAGACCCAAAAAUCUAUACUAAAAAGGCUUGUCACUUAAAGCCAAGAAGACGCAUGGAAUGAAUAAUCAAACUCGGAUUAAAUCAGUUUCACAUUCAGACAGUGACAUCACAUUCAAACAGCAACAGUAAUAGAAAACAGAUCGAAAGAAUUUAUCUUUCUGUUUUUUUUUCCUAUAACUUGCGUGAUUCCUCGUUUGCGUGAAUCAUGUGUUUCAAAAAAUCUAAAAUACUUAUCUUUUUGAAUGUGAUGUCACUGUCUGAAUGUGAAACUGCUUUAAUCCGAGUUUGAUUAUUCAUUCCACAAGUCUUGCCAACAAAUUAAUCUCCUUUCUAACAAAUUCUAAAUAUCAUCCGAGUUUAUGAAUGUGAAACUGCUUUAAACCG